ACAUGGAACAUCAUGGCGGCCUCCGAAAUAACGGAGGAAGGGGAAAAGCGUAAAAGUAUCCCUCGCGGAAAACCAAAGUCCGGAAGGGUUUGGAAGAGUGAGAAGAAAAGGAAGUCAGCAGUUAUUGGUGUUCAGCCAUUGCAUACAACAUGGGACAAGAAACAGAAAGACAGAAUGGAAAAGAAAUUAAUGAAGAUUUACGAAAAGGAGCUCAAAGAUGGAACAAAGAGACUGAAAGAGGAAAAACGCAGAAAAAUGGAGGAAAGAAGAAAGCAAAAAGAGGAAAAUGAAAAGAAAUCUCAAGUGGUACAAGAGAUUAAAAAUACAGCAAAAAUAAAACGUAUGAAGAAGAAACAGCUUAGAAUGCUGACAACCCGUUGAGCCUCUAGGCAGUUGUAUAUUUAUUUUAGACUUGUACUGUGUGAGAGAAAUUUUUGCAAAACACUAACAUCAGUACCCAUAUUCUCAGUACUUAUCUCUUUACAUUUCCUUUGGUGCUGACAAGGAGAAUUUGUUUGACAAUCAAAACUGCUUAGAUUGGUGAU